CCAUGGCAGCCGGCGGUGUGCAGCCUGACCUACGGCGCGGCGGCGGGGUCAAACGGGAGGAGCGCAGGGUGGGGCGUGCGCAGCGCGCCCUGCGGCGCCUUCGCUCAAAACUCACGACUUCUGGCUCGCCUUCUCUAGUUUGGCCGGCCGGUGGGUGUCCCCUUCUUCCCUCCUCGGGCCCUCUACGGUAGUUAUUGUUUGGCGUUCGUCAAACAGACCGAUGGCUCUCCUUACCAGCUUGAUGAUGAAUGUGAACAUGUUGAAGAAGCUCAUAUAGCAAAGGACUGCAGGUGGCCUCUAGGAACAUCAGGAUCCCCCCCAGCCCACAGCUGGCAAGAAGAUGGAGACUUCAGUUGUACAGCCCAAGGAAAUUAACCACCCUGUCAACCUGAAUAAGCUUGGAAGCAGGAUCUUCCCCGGUUCCACCCCCAAAAGCGGACACAAGCAGAGGAGUGGGGAAGAAUCUGAGGCAGGCUCCACACUGUCAGCACAGAGUCUGAUGCAAGGUUCGAUCUCACAACUGUGAGAUCAUGACCUGAGCUGAAAUCAAGAGUCAGACACUUAACCGACUGAACCACCCAGGAGCUAUAAUGUGCUUCUUCAAGUCUCCCUUGGUGGUUUCUAAUUCUGGAGAUGUGCACAGUAGAAUGGUCUCCCACAAUCCUUUCAGAAAGAACAGGAAAGCCCUUCUGUAUUCUUCUUCUGUAAAGAAGACACCAGCCUAUCUCCUCAUAAUUCUGAGGAGGACCAGAACCUUCUCUUGGCAGCUGCCUAUGUUUCUGAUGCCCAGUACAACAGAAAUGUUCCAUUUGAAACAUCUCCUCGGGCCAUCAGACUUUACUAUUUUUAUAACCACUGGACAAUGCAAGUAGCCAUCUACUUCUUUAUUUGUGUCGACCUCUCUCUCGCCCUGUUUGAAGAACCGGCACUGUUUCCCCUGCCUUUCUUGGCUACCUCGUUAGCAGAAGUACUCUGUCUGACUGCAUUCUUUGGGAGACUUGUACAUUUUGCAAAAGUCACUCCUCAAAUGGUUUUCUGGAAGGAUACGAAAAACAUCUGCAUCAUGGUAACCAUCGUGCUGACCUUGAUUGAUCUGAUUAUCUAUGGGUCCCUGGAAGCUGUGAACAUCCACAGCGUUCGAUGGUCAAGGGCCUUAAGACCAGUCUUCCUAAUUAACUUCCCUGAAAGUCGUCAGAUCCGAAGAACUUUCAGAAGCAUCCGGAACACUCUGCCCGAUAUUCUCUACGUCUUCCUCCUGUUUAUGUUCAGUGUGCUGAUAUUCUCCCUUAUGGCCUUGAAGCUUUUUGGGGAUAGGGGUCUUAAAACAGUGGAAGGAUUGCCCUACUUCACAAAUAUCCUGGACAUAGUGUUUGAGCUCUACGUGCUGGUCACUACCGCGAACAGCCCCGAUGUCAUGAUGCCUGCCUAUAACUUCAAUUGGUGGUACUGUCUGUACUUUAUAACCUACACCAUCAUCAAUACCUACAUCUUCAUGUCCGUCUUUCUGGCCGUGGUCUACAACAAUUAUAGGAAGCACUUAAAGAAUGAGAUUCGCAAACUGGCGUACCUGAAACGUCACAAAAUGAUAGAGGCGUUCAACAUUCUGAAAGUCAAGGUGGGCACGGAGUUUGUGGUCACGGAGUCCCAGUGGAGGCGGCUGGCCAAGGUCGUGGCACCACACAUCAGCAGUCCCCACCUGGAGCUCCUCUUGAGGAUCUCCGACGAGGGACAGAAGGGGCACGUGGACAAAGUGAACUUUCUGCGCUUGGCCGAUCUCCUCAACAUUCAGGUGGUCACCAUCAACAUCAGGAGACACCCACUGGAAGACUGGAUGCCUCGGGCAUACCGGUCAUCCGCAAGCCUCUUGGUCCAGAGGAUGGUUCAGCACAGGAUUUUUGUCUGGGUUUAUGAUGUCAUCAUUCUAAUAAAUGCCAUAUUCAUUGCUCUGGAUGAGAGAAACCCCUUCAUUUCCUACGCAGAAUGGCUUUUCCUUUCUCUCUACAUUAUUGAAAUUCUCCUGAAACUGUACACAUACGAGCCCAGAGCCUAUUUUGGCAGAAGGCAGUUCUGGAACUGGUUUGAUACGCUGAUCAUCAUCGCGGCCCUGGUGGCCACUGUGGCCAACACCACCAUUCAGUCAGCAAGAAAAUACAACAGUCAGCAGAUACUGGAUAUUGUGCUGAUCUUGAGGAUACUCCGGCUCUUAAGGAUCAUUGUCAGCAUUCAGAGGUUCCGGGUCAUCGUGACGACCUUAAUUAACAUUGGGCCCACGAUACUGACGUUCGGUGGACUCGUCUUGGUGGUCUACUAUGUGUUCGCUAUCAUCGGGAUGGAAGCGUUCCAUGGCAAAGUCCGGUUCUCUGACCCGAAUUUCACCAGUCCUGAUGCUCUGGUGUGUGGGAACCCAGCCUUGAAAGAUUCAGCAUUUGCCCGAGACAGGUACUGCAAGAACAACUUCAACGACCUGGCCUCCUCGUUCAUCGUGCUGAUGGAGCUCACGGUGGUUAACCAGUGGCACGUCCUCGCGGGCGGCUUUGCCCUCGUGACUCACCAGGCGGCGAAGCUGUACUUCAUCGGCUUCCACAUCGUGGUCGUCAUUCUCAUCGUUAAUAUUUUCAUAGCAUUCAUCUUGGAGGCAUUUUUUGUGGCAUAUUCCUUAGAGAAAAGUGAAGUAGAAACUGCUAUCGAGAAGAAGAUUCAAGAGCUCGGAGUGGGAAUCCAAGAAGAAGAAAUGCAGGACGGGAAGCUCGUUGAUAAUGUGGAUGCUAAGGACAGUGGCUUUAGUGGGGACGGUGGAGACAACAAAAGGAAGGACCUGAAAGGCUUGUACUUCAGAAUUGCAUCCAAAAAGUACAGGACCGUGGACGCCUUGCUGCAGCAGAUGUUUGAGUCUGAAAUUGCCCCAGAGGAGGAAGGCCCUUCGUUGGAUGAGAUUCUGAACUUUUCACCUGGUGACCUAUAUCCCAAGAAUCCCAAUUUCGAAAACAGUGCGUGAUCCUGGACCUUUAAGGGUGCACACGUGGAAACCAAGCUGGGCGGCCAUCCCUUCUGGCUUAUUCUAUCUAGAGGUGAUUUUCCCAGCCCAGGUCGCUCUGUGCUGUGACCAGCCUGCGCAUCGGCCCCUCCUGCCCUGAGCCACCAGCUGAAAGGUGUGGAAAGGCUGCUUCCGAGUGCCCCGCCUGGGGUUGUUCUGAGGUCUGAUCAGGGCAGUAAGGAGGGGGAAAUCUUGGAAGAGAUUUUGAGGGGCACUGAUCAUACACAUGGACCUACCCGUGUGACGUCCCUUCAGUGGGUGUGUAAAAGCUUUUCAUUUAUUUUUAUGUGAUAUUUUGCGAUUCUAUUAAAUCACAUGCUACAGUGUUACGUGAAUGAAUUUUGAAUAUUUACAUAUGGUAAAGGAAUAGAUCUAAUACAGUAGCUUUUAGAUGUGGUGUUUAUUCAAAAUGAAGGAAAACAUGAAUGCGAAAAUAAAAUUCUGUCACAGUUGCUUCUUUUUCCAGGGAAGGCUCUCAAAGCUUCUUUUUUUUUUUUUUUUUUUUAACGUUUAUUUAUUUUUGAGACAGAGACAGAGCAUGAACAGGGGAGGGGCAGAGAGAGAGGGAGAC